UUUCAGUACCAAAAGCGGUAACCCCCCCGAGCUACACUCGGGCUUACCAUGCGGCGUUGCUCAGGGAGUCCCUGCAGAGCUUACCUUGUCCUUCACUCCCGCGAUGUGUCCCCUGCAGCGUCCCCGGCCAUCUCCCUCCGGCGGAUGCCGGCAUCCGGCUUCUGUGUUCCGGUCCCUGUGACGUCGGGACAUAUGGGCGCCGCUGGCGGCGGGACAUUUGAAAAUUUAAAAAAAAAUUCAUUUUUUUCAAAACUAAUUUUACGUAUGCUUUGUCCUGUCCCCUGCCUGCAUUUUUACUGUUCUUUC